AUGUCGUCGUUCAAAUCUACAUUAAAUCCAGCAUGGCCACACUUCCUAGGCAUUUUCUUCAUCCUCCUGGCAUGUUUCUCUGGAAUUACGCAUCUUCUCUUCUUUGGAUGGGCAGACCCAAUGCAUUGUGAGGCAUUGCUGAACGACGGAAGUUGGUUAGAUUCUGACUAUCAGAACUGGCAACCAAACGGGUGCAUGUUGUAUCCCUACUCCGAAGACGAGGUUGCCCCCUGCUUUCAGUCGAGAGAAAUCAUAUUCAUCGGAGAUUCUGUUACCCGGAAACUUUUCUUCCAAACUGCAAGAACCUUAGAUGCGACUCUACCUUCAGCUCCGACGGAUGAUACCCUAAAGCAUGCGGAUCAUACCCUACAGUCCCAACAUGCUACUAAUCUCACUUUCAUAUGGGAUCCCUACCUCAACAACACUUACACUCAACAAGUGUUAGCCGGUACGGCGACUACCAAUUCUAUGCGACCUGCUAUGCUAGUAUUGGGAUCUGGCCUUUGGUAUCUACGCUAUGCAAACACAUCCGGAGGAAUAUCUGCUUGGGAGAGUAACAUGGAACGAAUUUUUGACUCGUUGUCGACCUUCAGUAAACCUGCAGACGAAGUCAUUAUACUACCCGUGGAAGAAGUCUCGGUAUCGAAGCUCUCCAUGGACAGAGCGUUGUCCAUCCAUCAUUCGGACAUCGACGCCAUGAACUCAGAUCUAUUCCAUCGCAUAAACCCACCUACAGAUAGCUCGGGGCACAUGUUCUCCGUAGCCCCUGGUGGCGAAGUUGCGCUCCCACUCGUGUUUAACAAAAUGUUGGACGACUCACUUACAGAAGACGGUUUACACUACUCAGAUACUGUCGUCAAAGUCCAAGCUAGGAUUCUAAUCAACCUCAGCUGCAACGAUAAGUUGCCAAAAGUCUUUCCUUUGGAUAGGACAUGUUGUAAUCGUUACCCACUACCAUCAAUUCCUCAGCUGUUGUUUUUGUUCAUGGUACUUGCAUUGGGGCCAUAUCUAUCCUACAAGGCUUUCACAGCAGGCAAGUAUGUUCGAACCGCACUCUUGGGGCAGCAAACAUUACCUCCUUUAAUCAUUGGGUCGUCAAUCGCCCUUAUAUAUCUAGCAGACAGGACAAAUUUUUGGCAGAAAGAGCAAAAGCAAUUUGAUCCUUGGGGAUUCAGUUUAUUGUGCCUUACAUCACUUGCUCUUGGAUUAACCACCAUGCAACGAGGAGAAACCGACCUAGGCUUCCUCAAUCGUGACCAGACAGAAGAAUGGAAGGGUUGGAUGCAAUUGGUCAUCCUAAUCUACCAUUAUUUCCGAGGAUCCCAGAUCUCAGGAAUAUAUAAUCCAGUACGAGUGCUGGUCGCUUCAUAUCUUUUCAUGACUGGCUAUGGUCACACUACCUUUUACUUGCGGAAGGCAGAUUAUGGAUUUUUACGAAUUGCUCAAGUUCUCAUUCGUCUGAAUCUGUUCACAAUUCUUUUGGCGUACACCAUGAAUACGGAUUACAUUUCGUACUACUUUACCCCACUGGUAUCGAUGUGGUACAUUGUCGUUUAUGCUACAAUGGCGGCUGGGGCCCGAUUCAACGAUCGCACUAUUCUUCUCGUCGGGAAAAUUUUGUUCUCAGCAGCGUUUAUGACCUGGUUUAUGGAUAAGAGUUGGUUACUCGAAGGAUUGUUCAAUAUUCUGCACGAUGUCUUCGCAAUACAUUGGUCGUCGCAAGAAUGGGCAUUCAGGGUCAACCUUGACAUCUGGAUUGUAUAUGUCGGGAUGUUGUCUUCAGUGGUCAUAGCAAAAGUUCGCGAACACCGCCUCGUGGAUCACCCUCGCUGGCCCUGGGCAAUGAAAGGAUCCAUCGGAUUCUCAUUCCUUGUUUUAAUUUGGUUUUUCGUGUUCGAACUUUUUCAGGAGUCAAAAUUUGCUUACAACUCAUGGCAUCCGUACGUUUCAACCCUGCCCGUUCUGGCGUUCGUUAUUUUGCGGAAUUCGAGCGUCGCACUCCGAUCGGCUUCGUCGCGCGCCUUUGUCUUUGUGGGCAACUGUUCUUUGGAAGCGUUCAUAAUCCAAUAUCACCUCUGGUUAGCGGGUGAUAGCAAGGGUAUUCUGCUCGUCAUUCCUGGCACAGCAUGGAGGCCUAUCAACUUCGUAAUUACAUCGGGGAUGUUUUUAUACCUCUGCGAUCGAGUGUCGUUUGCUACAGCGGAGAUCACUGCGACUAUAUGUGGAACGCGAGUGCGGGAGGUAGAGUUACCGGCGACGACUCCGACCCAAAGUUCACCCGAGACACCGCUGGCCGCUGAUGAGCAAGAAAUCAUCAUAUCGCUGUCACCUCUCCAAGCAGACGAUACAUUCAAGGAUGAAUCAGGGAAUCCGUUGCCUGUCGAGCCCGAUACGCCAAUCAGGCCGGGACGCUGGGUGGAUCGUCUUGCACAGAAUCCAUCCCAGCCCGCCUCUCACAGUUUUACUCAACGACUGUUUGCUGCAAACACCUCGUGGACGAUUCGACUGGGUGUUAGAAUACUUGCUUUCUUUGUUGUUUUAUGGUUGCUCAAUGUGUUCUGGCCAUAUCCUUCAGAUUUGUAA